AUGGAAGGUUCGGCCUCCUCCAAGUAUGCUCGAUCCGACGAAGAAAAGCUCGCGAGACUCAACGACACAGGCGUCCGGGUUGCGGCCGGGCGACUGGUGAACAUCUUCGAAGAGCCGACCGACGUGGGGCGACCGAUAGAGCCAGGCCCCCGGCGAAAGACACACCGCGACUUCACGCCCGAGGACGAUGCGACGCUCUUUGCGCUCCUUGGCGCGGCGGAAAAGGAAGACUUGCAACGUGGCAACAAGAUAUUCCAGCAGCUGGAAGCGUUGCGGCCCAACCACAGCUGGCAAGCAUACGAGAACCGCUUUCGAAAGAACAAGACGAUGUCCGGCGAGCAGAUCGACGAGCAGCAGCCCUGGUCAGGCCCGUGGCCCGGGCUGUACGACGACGCGGGCGGCGACCAGACGCACAGCCCACCGCCCCGCCCGACCGGCCGUAGCACCACUGCCCCCACCGACCGCACCGAUUCGACCCGAGGCUACAGCUCGCUGCGGGCAGACACCAUGCGCAACAUCUAUGCCCGGCUCGCGGUCGAGAACGAGGAGGCGCUGAGGGAUCUCUUGCGUGACGACGACAUAGCGGGGCACGUGCACGAGUAUCGCCGGGACCACCUCCUCCACGCACAGGCGCACGACGCGUCGAGGGUCGCCGGCGACGUGGCCGUGGGGAAAAGUGUCGCGGGUCGAUCCCAACACGAGUGGAAAACCAGCUACGUCCGGGCGGAGUUGCGGAAGCCGCAGUCCCGGUUUGCGACGGCGGCGGUGGACAAGUCGAGCUGGACCGCAGACGACCACGACGCUCGCUUCAUGGUCCAGGUGUGCCGGGGCGCCAUGGCCGGGAAGGGACCCUGGGGCUUCCUGGGGGGGCGGAUCACCGCCACCAGUUGUGCGAACGAGCGUUCUGGCUGA